CAUCAGCAGAUCCCUCUCUCUCAAAGAUGAAGAAAAAGCAAAAGAUAGAUAUGCAAGAAGCGAUGAAGAACCAAAACGACGUUUCUCUGUCUUCUUCCACCGAAGAGAUCAACGCCAUCUUCCAAGAAAUCGCUUCCGUCGUCCUCAAAGAUGGAAGCGAAAGAGGCGGGCCUAAAAUCACGGCGGUUAAUGGAGUGUGGAUGGAGCAAUCGCUUUCGUGUAACCCCGGCUGGGAAGAUCUCUUUCAGAACUUCUUCAAGGCUAGUUUCACUCAAGUUGAUUUCCGAAACAAGGCUGAAGAAGUGCGUAUGGAGGUAGAUACGUGGGCAUCACGUCACACUAAUGACCUAAUCAAAGAUCUUCUUCCUCCUGGAUCUGUUAAAAGCCUAACUAAUUGGAUAUAUGGAAACGCACUGUACUUCAAGGGAGCUUGGGAAAAGGAAUUCGAUAAGUCCAUGACAAAAGAGAAACCAUUUCACCUUCUCAAUGACAAACCAGUCUAUGUGCCUUUCAUGACAAGCUACAAGAGCCAAUUCAUAGAAGCUUAUGAUGGUUUCAAAGUCCUCAAGCUUCCUUAUCGACAAGACAGUGAUGAUACCAACCGCAAGUUUUCAAUGUAUCUCUAUCUCCCUAACAAGAAAGGUGAAUUGGAUAAUCUUUUGGAGAGAAUGACAUCUAGUCCUGGAUUCUUGGAUAGUCAUAUUCCGAAAUACCGAGUUGAUGUUGGUGAUUUUAGAAUUCCAAAAUUUAAGAUCGAAUUCGGGUUUGAAGCUUCAAGUGUUUUUAAUGACGUCUUUGAGCUUAAAGUGUCAUUAUAUCAGAAAGCAUUGAUUGAGAUUGAUGAAGAAGGUACUGAAGCUGCGGCUGCUACUGCUUUUGUCGUGUGUUUAACCGGCAGCUGUGCGUUUGAGCCGGAGAAGAUAGAUUUUGUGGCAGAUCAUCCAUUUCUCUUUUUGAUUAGAGAAGACAAAACCGGAACUGUUUUGUUCGCUGGUCAAAUCUUCGAUCCUUCCAAAGCUUGUUCUGCAUUGGACCGGCCUUAACGGGAUAAGGGUUUGGUAUUUUAGAUUUGGUUGUUGUUAUAAUUUUUGGACUAUAUUUUGAUCAAUUAGAAUCGAGAUCAAAAAAAUUCUGGUGGGUUU